AUGGCAUCGAAUAUUGGAUGGUUUGGCCUGGGAUCCAUGGGCCUACACAUGGCCCUCAAUCUGCAGAAGCAUUUGCAAGGAAAUAGCCUCCCUCCUCUCCACUACAGUAACCGGAGUAUGUCAAAGGGCCAACCACUGCAAGACGCCGGUGCAAUCCCAGAGAGCGACUUUGAAAGUCUCGUCCAAGCAUCUGAUAUUAUUUUCACAAUGAUCUCUGAUGAUGCCGUCUUGGACUCCCUGAUCACCAGAGCUCUAACGACCAACAGCCUCGCCGGGAAAACGUUCAUCGACACCUCGACAAUCCACCCAGAUACAGCCGCGGCCACUGCGACCCGCCUCGCUGAAAAAGGCGCGACAUUCAUCGCAGCACCCGUAUUCGGCGCCAGCACUGUCGCAGAAGCAGGGAAACUCAUCUUCGCAGUUGCCGGUCCCGCUGCGGCGAUUCAGAGAGUCGAGCCGCUUAUCCAAGAUGUGAUGGGGCGCAGGAUUAUACGUCUAGGUGAAGACGUGCGCAGGUCCAGUUCGCUCAAGAUAUGCGGGAACAUCCUCGUCAUAAGCUUCAUGGAAGUAAUCUCCGAAGCACACAUCAUCGCGGAGAAAACCGGCCUCGGUCCGGCCCUGCUUGAGGAGUUUAUAGGGGACAUGUUCGGUCCUGUGCUGCAGGGUUAUUCGGCGCGGAUCACGAGCGGGUCGUAUGCGCCGUCGCCGGAGAAGGGACCAGGUUUUGCGGCUGCGCUGGCGUGUAAGGAUAUGCGGCAUGCGCUGGCGAUUGCGGGGGCAAAUGGGGCGAGUUUGCCGACGGUGGAUGUUGCGCUGGGAAGGUUGACUGCGGCGAGGGAGUAUGCGGGCGAAUGUUUGGAUAGUGCGGCGGUUCAUGGGACGGCGAGGAGGGAGGCGGGCUUGGGGUUUUGGAAUGAGGCUUGUACGUGGAGGAACUAA